AUGGCUUGGCAUCAAUCGGCUAAGCUGUCGGGUGCCUAUGUCUUGGUGAUGAUUGUUAUGGUCUUUGUUUAUGUGGUGUCGAACUUUCAACCAGAUUCCGAUGUCCAAAGUGAUUGGUCGAAUGGGAAAAUGAUCCUCUUGAAUGUGUCAGAGUGUAGAUGCUCGAAGAAAGUGAGACUAGAUCAACAAAUAGAUCCACUUGAGAUUGACCAUGACACCAGUGACCAAGCUGUGACUUGCUCCCAAGACGUGAAGGCCCUUGGACGAGGUCAGAGAGUGGUCAGCUAUUCCUUUUAUCAAGGUCCAACCUUUGAUACAUUCCAAAGAGAUUAUUUCUCCGGCAUCAGUCACAAUGUCAGAACAAUCAAAAAGUAUUAUCCCGGGUACCGAAUGCGGCUCUAUUACCGACUCACAGACAACGAGAUGGCCAUGGAAAGGCUCUGCCAAUUGGCUUGCGAGGAGGAAAUCCUGGAUCUCUGCGAUAUUUCUAGAAACCCCAUGGUUCUGAAUGCCAGCUCAUAUUACCCCUUGGUUUGGCGAUUUUUGCCCGCAUUGGAUGCUCAAGUGGAUCUGAUGCUCUCCAGGGACCUUGACUCGGAUAUCACGGCCAGGGAGCAAGCCGCAGUGUCUGAGUUUCUCCAACAAGAAAACAAAACCUUCCACAUCAUGCGGGAUCACAAAGAUCAUACCAUUGAGAUCUUAGGUGGGACAUGGGCUGUCAAACUGGAUCAUGGCCUCACGCGACAUCUCAUGGUAAAGGGCAUGAAAAAAAUGCUCCAAGACCCCACAGUCCUGAACAUCGGGAAGGACAGGGGCCUGGAUCAAUUUCUACUAGUCAGAUAUGUAUGGCCUUUGGCCAGAAAGGCCAGAAUCAUUUUCGCUCAUGAUAGUUUCCAUUGCAUGAGCUAUCCAUUUUCGAUUGGCUUCCCCACUCAAAGAGAGCAAAGCGAGGCAGGAAACUUCAUUGGAGCCGUGAGGACAGUGAACGAGCCCCUCAAGGUCAUAUGUCCUAGAGCAUGUAGACGAGGUCAUUUGGAUUGGAUUUAUUGUUGAAUUGGUGGCGAAAAUGUGCUUACGUAGGGUACUAAUAUCAUCGCCAAAAAUAUA